AUGUGGAACCAGAGUUAUGGGAAGCACGAUUUGGAGUCGGCUCAAACGCCUCUGUACCCGAUGAUGAUGGAGAGCCCCGAGCUCCGGUGGUCUUUCAUCCGGAAGGUGUAUUCCAUCAUCUCCAUCCAGCUUCUCGUCACCAUCGCCGUCGCCGCCACCGUCGUCAAGGUUCCUCCUAUUUCCGUCUUCUUCACCACCACCGGCGUCGGCUUUGCUCUCUACAUACUUCUCAUUUUCACUCCAUUGAUUGUGAUGUGUCCCUUGUAUUACUAUCACCAGAAGCAUCCCGUGAACUAUAUAUUACUCGGCAUCUUCACCGUCUCUCUUGCUUUUGCGGUCGGCCUGACCUGCGCCUUUACAAGCGGAAAAGUGAUUCUGGAAGCCGUGAUUCUGACCUCUGUGGUGGUGAUUUCCCUCACUCUCUACACCUUCUGGGCUGCCAAAAGAGGCCAUGACUUCAACUUCCUCGGACCCUUCUUGUUCGGUGCCGUCGUUGUGCUUAUGGUCUUCUCCUUCAUCCAGAUUCUGUUCCCUCUUGGGAAGAUAUCGGUGAUGAUCUACGGUUGUGUGGCAUCCAUCAUCUUCUGUGGGUACAUAGUUUAUGAUACGGACAAUUUGAUCAAGAGACACUCCUACGACGAGUACAUAUGGGCUGCAGUUUCACUCUAUCUCGACGUCAUCAAUCUCUUCCUCUCUCUGGUCACUCUCUUGAGGGCUGCUGAUAGUUAG